CUAUAUGACGUCACAAAAUGUCCGCCAUUCCGCCAACUCGCUCGGUAUAAAUUCCUAAAAAACAUUCCAACACACCAGUUUGUACCAAAAGUCUUGCAGAUGAGCGGACUCGUUUAUAACUUCUGGUAUUUUUUCUAAUUACAAUACGUAUUAUAUUAAAAUUGUAAACUUAAAUGAUAUAAAGUCGAAGUUACGCGAAAUCGUCUUGUGAUACGGUUUCUAAGGCAAUCAAAAUGGUUAUUCGUAUUGUAGCUAGGAAAAAUAUAUUCGCGUUUUUUGACACCACUCUAACAAUGUUGGCGAAAAUGCUGUGUUUAUUGCUCGUGAUAUGUACAGCCCAGUGUCUACAGUUGGACAGUCAGGCUUCGACAAGGCGGCCGAGGGUGACAAAGUACACCAAGACUACUUUAACACCAGGUGCUUCUACGGAGUUGGCGACGGAGCGCAGCCUGCUGACGGCGACGUACCGUCUGCUGGGUGGCGGGGGAGAGACCUGCAUUCUGCUGACUGUGGACGCCCUCCUUGAUAUCUCUUAUCUGACCAAACUCAACGAACGUGCUGAUGCCAACACAUUUGUGCCUAAUAAUGCGAAUGUUGCUGGCGUGUGCAAGGAAGGUGACGCUGAGACUCUGGUGUUGUCUUUCAAAGAGUUCGCCUUGGAAUGGUCUUUCGCCAAAACCCCAGGCGGAGAGCGUUGGUACGCUGACAAUCUGAAGUUGACGUAUAACUCCAGUUCUCGUAUAUUAGAGCACGCAGCUCAGCAAGGACGUCGUGUAACGCUGACUACGGGCCCUCGCGCACUCUUGUUCCCUACACCAGUCGGCAAGUCUUAUUACUGCCCUGAGGAAACUAUUAUAGAGCUUACCGAAGGUGAUACCAACUCCAACAUAGCUCAUCGUGCUAAACUCUACUUACGUCAAAUGCGUUUACAAGCGUUCAUGUUCAAACGCGACGGUGAGUUUGGACCAGCUUGGCAUUGUUCGGAUUCCGCCCGCACCAGGUCUGAAGCUGUGCCAGUAGCGGUGGGGUCCGCUUUGGCCAUCGCCACAGCUGGUACACUCGUCGGUUACGCUAUUUGGCGCUAUUUAAAAGUUAAAAAGGUUCAAUACGACACUAUGGAGUAA